UCCUUCCUUCCUUCUCCAACUGAAAUGAUACGAUACCGCUAUUAAAAUCCUUCUCUGCUAAAACCCCGUCGAAACCCUACCACCCCACCCAAUUCUCCCCGUCCCCGACACAAAAAUUUGAAAAGAUAAAAACAGGAAAAGAAUUAUGGCUCUCUCGAAGCCCUCAUUUCUCCUCCAACUUAAAUCCCUAGCCUCCAGAGCUGCUCUCCACUACCAUUAUAACUACCCAAAGCCUCCACCUUCAUUUCUCUCCCUCCGUUUCCUCUCCUUCGCUACGCCGGAGGAAGCAGCCGCCGACCGCCGCAAACGCAAGCGUCGCCUUCGAAUUGAACCCCUCUCUCCUCCCUCCGCACCAACCACCAGCGCCACAACCCCCCCCCGCCCUCCUCCCCUGCGGCCAACCAAAACCCUAACGCCCCCCAAACUUCCCGAACCCGUCUCCGCACUCUCCGGGCAACCGUCUCAAUCUCCACAUCGCAUUUUAAAGCUCAUCCGCGAGAAUGAUCUCGAAGAAGCGGCGCUCUACACCCGCCACUCCAUCUACUCCAACUGUAAACCCACCAUAUACACCUGCAAUGCUGUCAUGGCCGCUCAGCUUCGCCAGGCCCGGUACGCUGAUCUCCUCUCCCUCCACCGCUUCAUCACCCAGGCCGGAGUGGCAGCCAAUAUUGUUACCUACAAUCUCCUCUUCUCCGUCUACAUGGACUGCCGCAAGACCGACACGGCCAUGGAGCACUACAAGCAGCUAAUCAAUGACGCCCCCUUUAACCCCUCCCCUACCACCUACAGAAUCCUAGUCAAAGGCCUUGUCGACAACAACAAGCUCGAAAGGGCUAUGGAGUUGAAAGAUGAGAUGCUAUCCAAGGGAUUGGACCCGGACCCCAUCGUAUACGGCUAUUUGAUGUCUGGCCAUGCCAGGGAUUCCAAUGCUGAUGGGGUUUUUAAUGUGUAUGAAGAGUUGAAGGAGAAAUUGGGAGGUUCGGUUUCUGAUGGGGUGAUAUAUGGGAGCUUGAUGAAGGGGUACUUUUUAAGGGGGAAGGAGAACGAGGCUAUGGAGUGUUAUGAGAAGGCAGUAGGCAAAGAUUCCAAUGUUAAGAUGAGUGCGGUGGCUUUUAAUUCGGUUUUGGAUGCUUUGAGCAAGAAUGGGAAGUUUGAUGAGGCUUUGAAGUUGUUUGAUAGGAUGUUGAAUGAGCAUGAUCCUCCCAAAAGGUUGACUGUCAAUUUGGGGAGCUUUAACGUAAUUGUGGAUGGGUACUGUGCAGAUGGGAAGUUUAAGGAGGCUGUUGAUGUUUUCAAUAGUAUGGGUGAGAAGAGGUGCUGGCCUGAUACUUUAUCCUAUAACAAUCUGAUUGACCAGUUGUGUAAGAAUAAUAUGUUGGCUGAGGCGGAGGAGUUGUAUAAUGGUAUGAAGGAGAAGGGAGUGAACCCUGAUGAGUAUACAUUUGUUACAUUGAUGGAUACUUGUUUUGAAGAAAAUAGGCCAGAUGAUGCUGCAGCGUACUACAGGACGAUGGUUGAGUCGAAAUUGAGGCCUAACUUGGGGGUUUAUAACAAGUUGGUGGAUGGGUUGGUUAAAGUUGGGAAGAUUGAUGAUGCAAAGUCAUUCUUUGAGAUGAUGGUCAGCAAGCUGAGGAUGAAUGACGAUAGUUAUAAAUUCAUCAUGAACGCCUUGUUUGAGGUUGGCAAGCACGAUGAGGUGCUUGAAAUAAUCGGUAAAAUGUUGAAGGAAGACCCUACUGAUUUUAGCUCGGAGUUGGAAGAGUUUGUGAGAGAGGCAUUGGGAAAGGAAGGGAGAGAAGCGGAGUUGACUAAGCUUAAGGAUGAUGUGGAAAGGGAGAAGGCUGAAGCAGCAGCUAGAGAGGCUGAAGCUGCUGCAAAAGCUAAGGCCAGUGCAAGGGCAGCUGUUUCUUCUCUAAUACCAUCUAAAUUGUUCGGAAACAAGCAGGCUAAAGAGGAGUCAGCCACUGGCAUUGAGAUUGCUCCAGAUAGUGUUAGUGGGCAGCUGAAAGCAAUGCAAGAUCAGAAUGUUGGAGAAACUCCUCCAGAGUUGAGUUCUGUCGAUGGUACUGUGGAAAAGGAAUCACGGGAAGGUGCCAACUUGGAGGCUGCAGAAACUAAAAGUGUUGCUGCAGAGCAGGCAGCAGCUUGAAUGUUGAAUUAAAUGUCUUAAUUAGGAAAAUAUUUUCUAUUGUUGGGGCUUUCCUUAAUAUACUACCUCCAGACCAUUAACAUACUAGUGUUAUUUUCUCCUUCAAUCAAUUUAUCUGUAAUUAGUAGCAAGAGGAAUGGACGUGUUACAUUUUGUCUAGAUAACACGGUGGAUCUGCUUGCAGUUACAAAAUAUUCAUGUGGAAUGUGAGCUGCUUGGGUGAAAAACCGAAAUUUCAUUACUAGUAGCAUUCAUUUGUUUCUUA